UAGUAGAUAUAGAACUAGGUAACAAUUUUUGAAUAAUCCAUACAACAUUUAGUUUCUUUAUAUAAUUUGCUUUUGGGGAACAACAAAAAAUUCACACCAUCCCAAGAGUUCCAUAUAGUGGAAUCCAAAACGAUGUCGUUACACUCUCCCUCCUCACGCUCCUCUCUCUUAUAUUAUAGACGAAACAAAACUAAAUCCUCUCUGCAAUAAAAAUCUUUCCUUUCUCCACUCUAAUGGCCGCAACGGUCAUUUUCUUCCUUCACUUCACCGCCGUCUUCUUCUCCAGAUUCCACCAUACUUCCGCCGUCUCAUCAGAGAUUCUAGCACUCACAUCUUUCAAACUCUCACUCCAUGACCCUUUAGGAGCUCUCGAAUCAUGGAAUCAAUCAUCUCCAUCAGCUCCAUGCGACUGGCACGGCGUUUCUUGCUUCUCCGGCCGUGUCCGUGAGCUUCGUCUGCCUCGUCUUCGCCUCACCGGUCACCUCAGUCCUCGACUCGGUGAGUUGACUCAGCUCCGUAAACUCAGUCUUCACACCAACGACAUAAACGGCGCCGUUCCUUCUUCUCUCUCUCGUUGUGUCUUCCUUAGAGCGCUUUAUCUUCACUACAACUCCUUCUCCGGCGAUUUUCCACCGGAGAUACUGAAUCUCAGGAAUCUCCAAGUGCUCAACGUUGCUCAUAACUCACUCACCGGGAAUAUCUCCGACGUUACAGUCUCAAAGAGUCUCCGUUACGUCGAUUUAUCUUCCAAUGCAUUAUCCAGUGAGAUUCCGGCGAAUUUCUCGGCGGAUUCAUCUCUCCAGCUCAUCAACCUCUCGUUCAACCGUUUUUCCGGUGAGAUCCCGGCGACAUUGGGGCAGCUACAAGACCUAGAGUAUCUAUGGCUAGACUCAAACCAGUUACAAGGUACACUACCAUCUGCAUUAGCCAACUGUUCGUCGCUUAUACACUUCAGCGUAACCGGAAAUUCACUCACCGGUCUAAUUCCGGCGACUUUCGGGAAGAUUCGAAGCCUCCAAGUGAUUUCAUUAUCGGAAAAUUCACUUACCGGUACAGUUCCGGCGAGUCUUGUAUGUGGCUCUUCAGGUUACAAUUCCUCCAUGCGAAUCAUUCAAUUGGGAGUUAAUAACUUCACGAGAAUAGCUAAGCCAUCGUCAAACGCAGCUUGCGUGAACCCUAAUUUGGAGAUUCUCGACAUUCACGAGAAUCGCAUUAAUGGCGAUUUUCCCGCGUGGUUGACAGAUUUGACCUCUUUAGUGGUUUUGGAUAUAUCUGGAAACGGUUUCUCCGGCGGUUUUCCGGAUAAGGUUGGGAACUUUGCGGCGCUUCAGGAGCUGAGAGUGGCAAACAAUUCACUCGUUGGGGAAAUUCCGACGAGUAUCGGAGAUUGUAGAUCGUUACGAGUCGUUGAUUUCGAAGGAAACAGGUUCUCGGGUCAGAUUCCGGGUUUUCUAAGUCAGUUAGGGAGCCUGACAACGAUAUCUCUUGGAAGAAACGGGUUCUCGGGUCGGAUUCCGUCGGAUCUUCUCAGCUUACACGGACUUGAAACAUUGAAUCUCAAUGAAAAUCAUCUCACCGGAACUAUACCGUCGGAGAUAACGAAGCUAGCUAAUCUCAGCAUCCUUAAUCUCAGUUUCAACAGAUUCUCCGGCGAAAUUCCGUCUAAUGUGGGUGAUCUAAAGAGCGUGAGUGUUCUAAACAUAAGUGGGUGCGGGUUAACGGGUCGGAUACCGGUAAGCGUAGGUGGAUUAAUGAAGCUUCAGGUCUUGGAUUUAAGUAAACAGAGAAUCUCCGGUGAAUUACCUGUCGAACUCUUUGGCUUGCCCGAUCUUCAAGUGGUUGCUCUUGGAAACAAUGCACUUGACGGCGUUGUACCGGAAGGUUUCAGCAGCUUGGUUAGUCUUCGGUUCUUAAAUCUCAGUUCCAACUUAUUCUCCGGUCAUAUCCCAAAGAACUAUGGAUUUCUCAAGUCAUUACAAGUGCUUUCGUUGUCUCAUAAUCGGAUCUCCGGUUCAAUCCCGCCGGAGAUUGGGAAUUGUACCAGUCUUGAGGUUCUUGAGCUCAGUUCAAACCGGUUAAAGGGUCACAUUCCGGUUUACGUUUCUAAAUUGUCUCGUCUGAGGAAACUUGAUUUGGGUCACAACAGUUUUACAGGGAGUAUUCCGGAUCAGAUUUCUAAGGAUUCGUCUCUUGAAUCUCUCUUGCUGAAUUCGAAUUCUCUAUCAGGUCGAAUACCGGAAUCUUUUUCAAGAUUGACGAACCUAACAUCGUUGGAUCUUUCGUCUAACAGAUUGAAUUCUACUAUACCAUCAAGUCUCUCUCGGCUUCAUUCCUUGAACUACUUCAACUUAUCAAGAAACAGUUUGGAAGGGCAGAUUCCAGAAGUUUUAGCUGCGCGUUUCACUAACCCGUCGGUCUUUGUCAAUAACCCGAGACUCUGCGGUAAACCGCUUGGUAUAGAAUGUCCAAACGUUCGGCGGAGAAGAAGAAGAAAGCUAAUUCUACUAGUGACACUUGCAGUUGCUGGAGCUUUGUUGCUGUUACUCUGUUGUUGUGGUUAUGUGUUCAGUUUAUGGAGAUGGCGGCACAAACUAAGAUUGGGUUUGAGUCGGGACAAGAAAGGGACCCCGUCACGUACAUCUAGAGCGAGUUCGGGUGGGACAAGAGGAGAAGACAACAAUGGUGGGCCUAAACUUGUGAUGUUCAAUAACAAGAUCACUUUAGCCGAAACCUUAGAAGCCACAAGACAAUUCGACGAAGAAAACGUAUUGAGUCGAGGAAGGUACGGGUUGGUUUUCAAGGCAACUUUUAGAGACGGGAUGGUUCUAUCGGUUCGUAGACUCAUGGACGGCGCUUCGAUAACUGACGCAACGUUCCGUAACCAAGCCGAGGCUUUAGGUAGAGUGAAGCACAAGAACAUCACUGUCUUGAGAGGUUAUUACUGCGGACCGCCUGAUCUAAGACUUCUAGUUUACGACUACAUGCCCAACGGAAACCUCUCAACUCUUUUGCAAGAAGCAUCUCACCAAGACGGACACGUCUUGAACUGGCCGAUGCGUCAUCUCAUCGCCCUCGGAAUCGCUAGAGGACUCUCCUUUUUGCAUUCUUUAACAAUCAUUCACGGGGAUCUUAAACCGCAAAACGUUCUCUUUGACGCUGACUUUGAAGCGCAUUUGUCAGAAUUCGGGUUAGAUAGAUUGACGGCGUUGACUCCAGCUGAAGAACCGUCUACAUCAUCCACUCCCGUCGGGUCUUUAGGCUACAUUGCCCCGGAAGCGGCAUUAACGGGUGAACCAAGUAAAGAGAGCGACGUGUACAGCUUCGGGAUCGUGUUGUUAGAGAUCUUAACGGGGAAAAAGGCAGUGAUGUUUACAGAGGAUGAAGAUAUAGUGAAAUGGGUGAAGAGACAGUUACAAAAAGGUCAGAUCGUUGAGUUGCUUGAACCGGGUUUGUUGGAGCUUGACCCGGAAAGUUCAGAGUGGGAAGAGUUCUUGUUAGGGAUUAAAGUUGGGUUGUUGUGUACCGGAGGAGACGUCGUUGAUCGUCCGUCUAUGGCUGAUGUUGUUUUCAUGCUCGAAGGGUGUAGAGUCGGUCCGGCGAUUUCCUUGUCCGCCGAUCCUACUUCACCUACUUCCCCAGCCGCCACCGCCGCUUCUUGAAAUAGCUUUAUCUUUUCACAAUCAUUUUUUUUUUUUUUUUUUUGGAUAAUUUAUUUUGACUUUCAUUGCGUUGUAUCUUGUCACGGGUACGACAAUCAAAUUUUAAGUUGUCACAUUUAUUGCAUU